UCAUCUAUUACCAAUAAAUCAUCGUUCAUCGAUAUUUACAAGGCCUUGGCUUAUGGGUUUGAGCUUUCAUGGUCGAGAGUCGAUUAUGAAGGUUGUUGGCUGGUGGUUCCCUAUUUCACCUUAGUGCCCAAUCACAUGGUGAUGGAAAGAUGGUUUUCAUAUGGUUACUCAACUUCUCGUUGGACAAUGGUUGCGGUUCUUUGGACAAUUGGUGGGAUCUUGUCUAUAAGAUUGGCAAUUGGAUUUAUGGUUGGAUUUCCUCUUCUAUUGUGGUUGGUGAUCCAUAAAUGGAGAAGACGCCAUUUAUGCAAUGAUACAAAUAUUGAAAAGUUUUUACAAGAUCAACAUGAUUUUGCACCCAUAAAAUACAGUUACUCGGAUGUCAAGAAAAUGACGAGCAAUUUUAACGAAAAAUUGGGUGAAGGAGGCUAUGGAACUGUCUAUAAAGGAAAGCUUCGAAGUGGUCUUUAUGUGGCGGUAAAGAUGUUAGACCAAACCAUAGCCGGGGUCGAAGAAUUCAUCAAUGAAGUUGGCACAAUCGGGCGAAUCCACCAUGUCAAUGUAGUGCAUCUCGUUGGGUUUUGUAUCGAACGCUCAAAGUAUGCUUUGGUAUAUGAGUUUCUUCCUAAUGGUUCCCUCGAUAGAUAUAUCUUCAACGAACAAAGUUUAGGAGUGCUCGCCUUGACGCUCGACAAAAUGUUUGAAAUUGCACUUGGAGUGGCGCGUGGAAUUGGAUAUUUGCAUCAUGGUUGUGAUAUGCAAAUCCUACACUUUGACAUCAAACCUCACAACAUACUGCUCGACGAGAAUUUCAAUCCAAAGAUAUCUGAUUUCGGGCUUGCAAGAUUGCACCCCACCAACGAGAGCUUCAUAAAUUUAACGGGCGCAAGAGGAACAAUGGGAUACAUGGCACCCGAGAUGUUCUACAAAAACAUGGGCGGCAUAUCUUACAAGGCCGAUAUAUAUAGCUUUGGAAUGAUGUUGAUGGAAAUGGCAGGGAAAAGGAAAAUCACGAAUCAUUUGGUUGAAGAAACAACUCAAAUCUACUUCCCGAUGUGGAUAUAUGACCAACUAUGUGCAGGAAAGGACAUCGAGAUGAAAGAUGCAAGCGAAGAGGAAAAAAGAAUGGUGAAAAAGAUUAUGAUAGUCGCAAUGUGGUGCAUACAAAUGAGACCAUCCGAUCGACUUCCUAUCAACAAAGUAAUAGAAAUGCUUGAAAGUGAGUCCGAACCACGGAUGCCUUCAAGACCAUUUGCAGCGCCGCGUGAGAUAGAAGCCGAAACGGAUGAUCAUGGAACUCAAACUUAUCUUGUAGAUUGCAUCAACUUAGAUUUACUUCAAAGUUGAACAUUUCGGCUUGUUUACAGCUUUAAGAAUGAUUGAAGUGCUCAUUAGAGUUAAUCAGUGAUUGCUAUGAGUUCUAUUAGUAUAGUAAGAGCAUGCAGGUUGUUAUUAUGUAAAAGUGAGUUCAUAUAAUUGUGCAUGAGAUUUAGAGUUUUUUAACAAGA